CCUCAGUUGGUGACAGUCGGAUAGAUAGACAGACACCAGAAGGCUGGUUUUAGGAAAUAUUUGUGUACUUCUCUGCAACAUCAUAGUAGCUCCGGUGUUGUUUCUUAUCAAAUGUAACCACUCAAUAUAAAAACAGGCACAUAAAAUUAAAUUUCUGAGUUAGUGAAACCUGAAUUCAUUCUUUUUUUUUUAAGGCCUUCCUUGUAAAUCUCCACCUGAGAUUUCUCAUGGUGUUGUAGCUCACACGUCAGACAGUUAUCAGUAUGGAGAAGAAGUUACGUACAAAUGUUCUGGAGGUUUUGGAAUUGCUGGGCCUGCAAUUGCAAAAUGCUUAGGAGAAAAAUGGUCUCGCCCUCCAUCAUGCAUAAAAACAGAUUGUCUCAGUUUACCAAGCUUUGAAAAUGCCAUACCCAUGGGAGAGAAGAAGGAUUCAUAUAAGUUGGGUGAGCAGGUGACUUACACUUGUGCAACAUAUUACAAAAUGGAUGGACCCAGUACUGUAACAUGCAUUAAUAGCAGAUGGACAGGAAGGCCAACAUGCAGAGACACUUCCUGUGCGAAUCCACCCACAGUACAAAACGCUCAUAUAGUGUCGAGACAGAUGAGUAAAUAUGCAUCUGGUGAGAGAGUACGUUAUGAAUGUAGGAACCCUUAUGAAAUGUUUGGGGAUGAAGAAGUGAUGUGUGUAAACGGAAACUGGACAGAACCACCUCAAUGCAAAGAUUCUACAGGAAAAUGUGGGCCCCCUCCACCUAUUGACAACGGAGACAUUACUUCAUUCCCAUUGUCACUAUAUGCUCCAGAUUCAUCAGUUGAGUAUCAAUGCCAGAACUUGUAUCAUCUUGAGGGUAACAAGCGAGUAACAUGUAGAAAUGGACAAUGGUCAGAACCACCAAAAUGCUUACUGAGACCUUGUCAUUUUCCCGACAUUAAACAUGGAAGUCUGUAUUAUGAGAGCAUGCGUAGACCAUACUUUCCAGUACCUGUAGGAAAAUAUUUCUCCUAUCACUGUGAUGAAUCUUUUGAGACUCCUUCAGGAAGUUACUGGGAUUACAUUCAUUGCACACAAGAUGGGUGGUCACCAGCAGUACCAUGCCUCAGAAAAUGUUAUUUUCCUUAUUUGGAAAAUGGAUAUAAUGAAAAUAAUGGAAGAAAGUUUGUACAGGGUAACUCUAUAGAAGUUGCCUGCCAUCCUGGCUAUGGUCUUCCAAAAGAGCAGACCACAGUUACAUGUACUGAGCAUGGCUGGUCUCCUCCUCCCAGAUGCAUCCGUGUCAAUUCUACAAGAAAGUGUGGGCCCCCUCCACCUAUUGACAACAGAGACAUUACUUCAUUCCCGUUGUCACUAUAUGCUCCAGAUUCAUCAGUUGAGUAUCAAUGCCAGAACUUGUAUCAUCUUGAGGGUAACAAGCGAGUAACAUGUAGAAAUGGACAAUGGUCAGAACCACCAAAAUGCUUACAUGCGUGUCUAAUAUCCCCAGAAAUUCUGGAAAAAUAUAACAUAACAUUUAAAUGGGUAGCCAAACAGAAACUUUAUUCAAGAACAGGUGAACCAGUUGAAUUUGUGUGUAGAUCUGGAUAUUAUCUCUCACCAAACUCUCAUGCAUUGUGUAUUAAUAUACUGCUGAGAAUAUCUAACAUGUUGUUACUAAUCAAUGUCAUUCUCACCUUGUGGGUUUCCUGUGCUAAUGGACAAGAAGUGAAACCUUGCAAUUUUCCAGUUCAACAUGGAGGUCUGUAUUAUGAGAGUAAGCGUAGACCAUACUUUCCAGUAGCUGCAGGAAAAUCUUCCUAUUACUGUGAUGCAAAUUUUGUGACUCCUUCAGGAAGUUACUGUUACAUCAUUGCAACACAAGAUGGGUGGUCAUCUCUUCUCUUUAUUCUCUUUUUUCUGAACAUGCUCAAAAUCAGAUAUGAAAAUGGAUUUAUUUCUGAAUCUUCUUCUAUUUAUAUUUUAAAUAAAGAAAUGCAAUAUAAAUGUAAACCAGGAUAUGCAACAGCAGAUGGAAACUCUUCAGGAUCAAUUACAUGUUUGCAAAAUGGAUGGUCAGCACAACCAAUUUGCAUUAAAUUUUGUGAUACGCCAGUUUUUGAGAAUUCCAGAGCCAAGAGUAAUGGCAUGUGGUUUAAGCUCCAUGACACAUUGGACUAUGAAUGCUAUGAUGGAUAUGAAAGCAGAUAUGGAAACACCACAGGUUCCAUAGUGUGUGGUGAAGAUGGCUGGUCGCAUUUGCCAACAUGCUAUAAUUCUUCAGAAAAGUGUGGGCCUCCUCCACCUAUUAGCAAUGGAGAUACCAAGUCCUUCCCGCAAAAAGUGUAUCUGCCACAGUCAACAGUCGAGUACCAAUGCCAGUCCUACUAUGAACUUCAGGGUUCUCAAUAUGUAACUUGUAGUAAUGGAGAGUGGUCAGAGCCACCAAGAUGCAGAUUAAUGAAACCUUGUGAGUUUCCAGAAAUUCAACAUGGAGGUCUGUAUUAUGAGAGUAUGCGUAGACCAUACUUUCCAGUAGCUGCAGGAAAAUCUUACUCCUAUUACUGUGAUGCAAAUUUUGUGACUCCUUCAGGAAGUUACUGGGAUUACAUUCAUUGCACACAAGAUGGGUGGUUGCCAACAGUCCCAUGCCUCAGAACAUGCUCAAAAUCAGAUAUAGAAGUUGAAAAUGGAUUUAUUUCUGAAUCUUCUUCUAUUUAUAUUUUAAAUAAAGAAAUGCAAUAUAAAUGUAAACCAGGAUAUGCAACAGCAGAUGGAAAUUCUUCAGGAUCAAUUACAUGUUUGCAAAAUGGAUGGUCAGCACAACCAAUUUGCAUUAGGCCUCCUCCACCUAUUAGCAAUGGAGAUACCAAGUCCUUCCCGCAAAAAGUGUAUCUGCCACAGUCAACAGUCGAGUACCAAUGCCAGUCCUACUAUGAACUUCAGGGUUCUCAAUAUGUAACUUGUAGUAAUGGAGAGUGGUCAGAGCCACCAAGAUGCAGAUUAAUGAAACCUUGUGAGUUUCCAGAAAUUCAACAUGGAGGUCUGUAUUAUGAGACUAUACGUAGACCAUACUUUCCAGUAGCUGCAGGAAAAUCUUACUCCUAUUAUUGUGAUGCAAAUUUUGUGACUCCUUCAGGAAGUUACUGGGAUUACAUUCAUUGCACACAAGAUGGGUGGUUGCCAACAGUCCCAUGCCUCAGACAAUGUAUUUUCAAUUAUUUGGAGAAUGGAUAUAACACAAAAUAUGAAGGGACAUAUUGACAGGUUCAAUCUGUAAAAGCUGAAGUCUGUCCCGACUACCAUCUUCCAAAUGUGUAGACCACAGUUUCAUGUACAGAGGAUGAUUGGUCUCCUCCUCCCAGAUGCAUUCGUGGCAGAACAUGCUCAAAAUCAGAUAUAGAAGUUGAAAAUGGAUUUAUUUCUGAAUCUUCCUCUAUUUAUAUUUUAAAUAAAGAAAUGCAAUAUAAAUGUAAACCAGGAUAUGCAACAGCAGAUGGAAAUUCUUCAGGAUCAAUUACAUGUUUGCAAAAUGGAUGGUCAGCACAACCAAUUUGCAUUAGUAAACAUCAGGAAAAUGGGCGGGUUCUUCACCUAAUAGCAAUGGGGAAUACAAGUCCCUUCCCGCAAAAAGUGUAUCUCCACCAGUCCCAAAGUCGAUACAAAUGCCAGUCCUACUAUGAACUUCAGGGUUCUCAAUAUGUAACGAUGUAGUAAGGAGAGUGGUCAGAGCCACCAAGAUAUCCAUGUAUAAUAACUGAAGAAAACAUGAAUAAAAAUAACAUACAGUUAAAAGGAAAAAGUGACAGAAACUAUUAUGCAAAAACAGGGGAUACCAUUGAAUUUAUGUGCAAAUUGGGAUAUAAUGCAAAUACAUCAAUUCUAUCAUUUCAAGCAGUGUGUUGGGAAGGGAUACUGGAAUAUCCCAGAUGCGAAUAAGAACAUUGUUACCCUAAAUGUAUGUCCAGCUUCCACUUCUCACU